UUGUGAAGAGAAGGAGAGAUGUUUUCCUCUCUCUCUCUGCUCUACUGAUGCUCGUGUUUGCUGCUCUUAAUCUCGUCUCCUACACCGCUAAAAGUUUCCAGACUUCAGCUCGAGUCCGACGGGAUGCAGAUAAUAAUGAGACAGACUGCAUCUCAUCACAGUCCUCAGAAUUCCCGGAGGGAUUCUUCACUGUACAGGAGCGAAAAGAUGGAGGAGUUCUCAUAUAUUUUAUCAUUAUAGUUUACAUGCUUCUGGCUGUUUCUAUCGUGUGUGAUGAUUAUUUCCUCCCUUCUCUUGAGGUCAUCAGUGAAAGUCUUGGUCUUUCUCAGGAUGUUGCUGGUGCCACUUUCAUGGCAGCUGGAAGUUCUGCACCUGAACUUGUUACUGCGUUUCUGGGUGUUUUUGUGACUAAAGGAGACAUUGGAGUGAGUACGAUCAUGGGUUCGGCCGUGUAUAAUCUCCUGUGUAUCUGUGCAGCGUGUGGUCUCUUAACUUCUGCCGUGUCUCGUCUCUCCUGUUGGCCGUUAUUCAGGGAUUGUCUGGCGUACGCCAUCAGUGUGACCGCAGUGAUCGCCAUCAUCUCAGAUAACAGAGUUUACUGGUAUGAAGGAUCGUGUCUUCUUCUGGUCUAUGGAGUUUAUGUAGCAGUGCUGUGUUUUGAUCUGAAGAUCAGUGAGUAUGUGAUGCAGAGGUUCAGUCCAUGCUGCUCGUGUCUUCAUAAGAGCUCACAGGAGCGAGAGGAACAGCAGCCGCUCAUGGGCUGGAACGACGACAGCAGCGUCAGAACCAUCCGACGUUCCCGAGCGGACAGCGGGAUCUUCCAGGAUGAUUCCGGAUACUCUCACCUCUCUCUCAGCCUGCACGGCCUGAAUGAAAUCCCUCAAGAACAGAAGAGUGUGUUCAGGAUGCCAGAAAACGAUCUGAAGCGGAUUCUCUGGGUUCUGUCUCUGCCGGCCAUCGUGGUUUUAUAUCUGACCAUUCCCGACUGCAGGAGACGCUUCUGGAAGAAAUGGUACAUGAUCACCUUCAUGAUGUCUGCUGUCUGGAUCUCGGGCUUCACCUACGUUCUCGUGUGGAUGGUCACUGUCGUCGGUGAGACUCUGGGAAUCCCGGAUACAGUCAUGGGAAUGACUCUUCUUGCGGCAGGGACCAGUAUCCCGGACACCGUAGCGAGCGUCAUGGUAGCUCGUGAAGGUAAAGGUGACAUGGCCAUGUCAAACAUCGUGGGCUCAAAUGUUUUUGACAUGUUGUGUUUAGGGCUGCCGUGGUUCAUUAAGACUGUGUUUGUGAACACUGAAUCGCCAGUAGAAGUGAACAGUUCAGGUCUGGUCUUCAUGUCCUGUACUCUUCUUCUCUCCAUCAUCUUCUUGUUCUUUGCCGUUUACAUUAACGGCUGGAAGUUGGACUGGAAACUGGGUCUGGUGUGCCUGUUCUGCUAUAUGCUGUUUGCCACGCUGUCAAUCCUGUACGAGCUCGGGAUCAUUGGGAAUAACCCCAUCCGGGCCUGUGCUGACUGACCCUCUUUAGUUAGUUGCACAGUUGUAUAUUUAUUCAAGUGUCUGACAUUACAAAUGUACUCGAGCAGAGCCAUGAGGUUUAUCAGGUCAGUGAUGAGUCAUUUCUUUAACUCUUGGUUUGUCAAAGGUAGAUGACAUUUAAUGAAGAUGAGGCUUUGAGAUACACAAUCUGUGACUUUAUAUAUUCAAAUAUUCAAAAAAAUAUCCAAAAAAUAUAUUAACUGGAAUAUAUUUUAAAAAAUAUGUUUACAAUAAGGUAGUUUUCACCAAUAUAUUUUUUGUAUUUUUUGAAAUAUAUUUUAAAAUAAACUGUUUCUUUUCACGUCACAUUCGAAGAAAAAACUAUGUUUCAAACCUGUAAGAUUAAAUAUAUUUUUAACUCCAAACAUCUUUAUUAUUUUAUAUUUUAUACAUAGGGGAGACCGGGGAACAAACGACUUUGUCUCUAUCAUUCAAAAAAUAUUGAAGUUCAAUCAACACACACAUCUCUGCUACAAAUGAACACUUAAAGUUUGUUUGUGGGACCUAUCAUUAUUGUACAAUUACACCUAAAGUGACAGGAGUGCAAACGUUACCCUAUAGGUGGGGUUCAUUGUAACAAACAGAGGGUUUGUUGUAGCACCUGCUAGAAAAUGUACUUCAAACACAAAUAAUUCAAUCAAAUUUUGUCUAUAUACUAAAGGUGGAUAUUGUUUAUAUAACUGCCUAUAAUAGAUAGAUAUCCACACAUUCAUCCAGCCAGCCAUCAUCCUUCAUCUAAACAUACAUCUAUUAUGUAGCAAUGAAUAGAAAUAGAUUUUAUUGAAAUGGAAGACAAAAAAUUAUAAUUGUGAGUUAUUUCCCCUGAUAUUGUAUUAACAGUUUUCAUUUUUAUGAAUAGUAUUUACAUUUUUUUCAGUUCAUUAUCAUUGUAUACCUGAGGCUUCAAAACUUUUCACAAAUUCACUGAAGAUCUUCUGACAUUACAGUUUUUCUCAAUUGCUAAAACACUAAAUCCUAUUGUCUGAACAAAAUGCUCAGUUGCCUGAACCCACUGAUUGAAUCAAUCACUCUUUUGGCAAAACCAUAAGCACUUUUUACCUGUUUAGACACAACUUGCCAACACAUUUUCAUUGUGAUGCACCCAUGCUGCAUAAUGGUGAACACAGGUGACAAGUCAAACACAAUUACAGCACAAGUGUCACCACUUGAACCCAACAAUUCAAAAUUGAUCACACUUGUGUCUAAUGAUAUGAGGGAACAUAUACAGUAAGACAGUUCACAGAGCACUGGUUUGUGAGGCCUUACAAUGGAUAGAAAUCUAAGAGGAAGAGUUUGUGUGAGAGGAGGUCGAGGUGUUCAGCGAAGAUAAAGAACAGUAAUAUCUGAUGAAAUCAGAGUGAUUGACCAUUUUCUGCAUAAGAUUUCUGUUUUGUCUUUUUGUACAAGUGCUAAAUGCAAAGUUUUUGUUUUGCAACAUGCAUUUAGCCUACAGUGAACAAUAAACAUUUAUUUCUCAAACUUCAUGUCCUGAGCAUUGUAUUUUCUAUUUUUCUACGUAGUGUUUAGUGUUUUUAAUUUUGAUUGACUCGGGGCACGAUUUGACAACAUUGUUCAGUUUUGAGCACAGAUUGAACUGUUUUGAGGUGAAAGUUUGGUUUUGCAAGAACAGUCUGAGGUUUUGUGAAUGUAGCUUGAAAAUUGGGUUUUGUGUUCACAGUUUAGAGAAAAGGAGAGCAGCAUUCAAGAAAUGUGUCUUAGCAAUCAAGAAAACUGUAAGAGAAAAAGCACAGAUUGCUCGGCCCUGUAGAAAUAUAUAAAGUAGCUGUGUUACAAUUAACCCUGUGUUAGUUUGUGUCCCGCUCACCCCUACUUAUACAUGUUAUACAAACUUUUAUAUUUUGGCAAGAUAAAAUAUAUUUUCUACCGUAUGGGUUGUAAUAUUAGAAAAGUAUUUGUUGCCCCUGAAAACAUAUGUUAAUAUAUGAAGGUUAAUAAAGAAAUUUAUUUUUUUGCCGUGUGGGUGAAGCACCACAGUAGAACACAGACAUUUUUUCUGUCACUUCACCAGUUUACAGUUUGGUUAAUAUUUAUGUGUGUUAAAGAUUUGCUGUCUAAUUUGAUCUUAUCAAACUAAAAUACAUCUGUAAUAAACUUAAA